UGGCCAUAUUGGCCCACAUGACAACACAAUGGACACCUAUGCAUCCAAACAUCAAAGACUUCUACAGUCCUGCGGACAAGAACAGCCCUCAAUUACAUCAAUCAUCAAUGUCUCUGGUCGUGAUAGAGGAUCCAAAUUAUAUGUAGCGCCAAAAGGUAACAAGGACUCUUGUGGACAACCUCAGGUCAACCCGUCUAGCUAUCGUACAGCUAUGGCCUAUUCUAAAAAUGCUCAACCACACCCUCCUGUGAUUCCGCCUCGAUUUCAGAAACUGUAUGCAGCACCGACGGGUAAGCCAAAUCCAAGCCUUGACUAUUCAACUUCUCCCAAGCAGCCAUGUAUUCCUGUAUCUUCCACAUGCGGACGAAUACCCCUCACCAAUUCUUCCAUUGUUGACUCGCGAUUGUCGUCUCAGCAGAAGUCACAGUCACCUGCACCUAUUUUUGAUAUAAAGGCUGCGCUGUUUGCCGAGGGUAUUCACAUUGGCAUCCAAUCGAGUGCUUCACAUCCGCAACCUCCCACUGAACCUCAUCUCCGCAUUGAUCAGCAUACAUCACAAACACUACCAACUCCCACAGAACCAAUGUCUCAUCAUGACACCCAACCCCUAGGAGUCAAACUGGGUAGCCAUAUGCAAACACUGAAUACACCAUCCGAACCACCCAAGCGACCCCCAGGUUUGCAGUCGCCUGCUGGUCGAGGUGUCGCAUUACCCAUGCCGUCAAUUAACAUCAGCCUUCCUCCACCUUCCAAGGCAAAGAAAUGGGCUCGUAAAGAACGGUCAUCUGGACCUGAGUGCUCGGUUGCAGAACUUGAAGCUGUAACAAUCAAACCAGAAACCCCCGAACCUUCAAUUUCGUCAAGUAGCGUCAAGCUACCAUCCGUUCGGGGGAGAUCACGAUCGUCGAGCCCGAAACCUUCAAUCGGAGGAUCGACUGCUCCAACAUCAUCAAAUCUGGCUACGGAUAUGAAAAGUCCGACAACUUCGAGCAAAGAUGAGAUGUGUAGGAAAUGGUUCUUUCGUGUCUGUGACCGGGGCAGGUGGUGCCCCUAUGCCCAUACAAUAAUACCGACCAAUCUCACUUGCAAGCUUUGGCUGAAUGGGGAGUGCAAUCGGCGGCAGUGUCCUUUCGCCCACAAGCAUCAGAGUUCCAACGGUCCUGUCAGUAAUCAACUACCUGCUCAAAACGACGAUCCUCAAGAUGUUGUGCAAGUUGCCGAUGGUCCCAUUAAAGAUCAACCUCCUGUUCGAAAUGGCAACGUUCGAGACAGCGUGCAAGUUCCCGACCAUCUUGUUAAAUAUACACUGCCUAUUCAAACCGGUAACACUCAGGACAGCGUGCAAGUUCUCACUGGUCCUGUUAAAGAUCAACUACCUGUUCGAUAUACGGAAAUUCCCGACCAUCCCGUUAACGACCAACGAAACGGCAAACCUCGAGAGGGUGGUAAAGUUCCUGAAGGUUCUGUUAAGAGUCAAGCACCUGUUCGAAACGGCGGCGCUCGAGGCACAAUAGAUCAAGACUCAACUCGACCUCCAUCUUCUGACACGUCCAGCAGUGUUCAGUGCUCCAUGACACAAGUCCCGCCCUCGGGAACAACAUCCCGUGGGUCAGAACGACAGUCUCAGGCGGCUUCGACUAAUACCACACCAGAAAACACGGGACACAAGCCAUCCAGCAACCCCGAUGGUCAUCAACCGAAGCAAGUCUGUUAUGACUGGUUGCAAGGUCGCUGCCGGCGUGCCGUGUGCCGUUAUCCGCACGAACGUCUCAACGAUAACACAUCGCGAACUCAACUAUCUGUUCGAAAUGGCGAUCCCCGAGAUGUCGUGCAAGUUGCCGACAGUCCCGUUAAAGAUCAGCCUCCUGUUCGAAAUGGCAACGUUCGAGACAGCGUGCAAGUUCCCGGCCGUCAUGUUAAAUAUAAACCGCCUGUUCAAACCGGCAACGCUCGAGACAGCGUGCAAGUUCCCGCUGGUCCUGUUAAAGAUCAACUACCUGUUCGAUGUACGGAAGUCCCCGAUGGUCCCGUUAAUGACCAACGAAACGGCAAACCUCGAGAGGGUGGUAAAGUUCCUGAAGGUUCUGUUAGGAGUCAAGCACCUGUUCGAAACGGCACCCUCAUCCCGAUACCCCCAGACUCAACUCGACCUUCAUCUUCUGACACGACCAGCAGUGUUCAGUGCUCCCUGACCCAAGUCCUACCCUCAGGAGCAAACUCCCGUGGGUCAGAACGACAUUCUCAGGCGGCUUCGACUAUUACGACACCAGAAAACACGGGACACAAGGCAUCCAGUAACUUUGUUAUGACUGGUUGCAAGGUCGGUGCAUGCGUCACUCUUGCUCUUUCCCGCACAAACGCCCCAAUGAUAACGUAUCGCAAAAGAAGCUUCAUCACCAGUUCGGAAUACUUGUGCCGAUGGCGCACCAGCGUCUGGCAACUCCCCAUCACGACACCUACCGCCCAACCUGCCACCCCCUACCAUACUCGCAAUGAGGAUCUUGUCAUGCCCGUGACAAUCGCAGAUCAUAUCACAGUGAAACUUCGUAGUGGUUUCGAUGUCCAGGACGUGACUACUGGAUUUGAAACACGUUGGGUACACCUUGGAGACGUGUCACCGGACGUCAAGGAAUCCCAACUCCGUUCCCUUUUGAAAGCAUAUCAAGUCGACGAAUUAUGUAUUCCGGAUGGAAAGGAUGUCAAGCGGUUGACCGUCAAAGUGCAGUUUUCAACCGCAGCGCAAGCUAUGGAGGCUUCGGUCGCCCUUCAUGGACGCCAAAUCCAGGGGAGGAGACUCACUGCGAAGCUGACUUUGAACACUACCGCAUGUCGUACCACAGUGCUCAAAGACACCGCUGUCCGUAUCACCUGGAGUGCGCCCCAGCGCGUCGGGUACGCAGGGUAUGCAACCCUUAAUGAGGCCAAGGCUGCGAUUGCAGCCGCCACUGGAUUGGUGAUGAGGGACAACGUUCUCACAGCCGCCUUGUACGAAGGAUUACCCGCAGUUGGUGUUUACAACGUCAUGUUUUCUCAUCUUCCUCCCGAUGCAGAGAGAAAGGAUUUGGAGCA